AGAAAAAGAGGCGGCGGCAGCAGCGGCGGCGGCAGACGCGGAGGAGGCCGCGGCUUGGAUUCCGACGGCGACGGGAAGGGAAGCCGCCGCCGCUGCUACGACGACUGAGGAGAAAAGGAGCCCUUCGAAGAAGGCUGGCCCUCCGUCCGGCCCAGGUGGGCAGCGCAGCUGGCAGCAGGCCUCGUCCGCGCCUCCCCACCGCCGCGCGCCCGCUUCGCCCCUUUCCCUCAGAGCGGAGUCUCGGCUCGGCCGGCUCGGGCCUCAGCGGCGGCGCCGGAGAUGAUGCCGAUGAUAUUAACUGUGUUCCUGAGUAACAAUGAACAGAUUCUGACUGAAGUGCCAAUUACACCUGAAACAACCUGCCGAGAUGUGGUGGAAUUUUGCAAAGAACCUGGGGAAGGUAGUUGCCAUCUUUCUGAAGUCUGGCGCGGGAAUGAACGACACAUCCCCUUUGAUCACAUGAUGUAUGACCAUCUACAGAAGUGGGGACCCCGUAGGGAGGAGGUCAAGUUUUUUCUCCGACAUGAAGAAUCCCCAACAGAAAGUAGUGAACAAGGACGGCAGACUCAAAACCAAAGGAACGGAAUCAGUAUACCUGGGGAGAAGCGUUCUGAAAAUGGGGUUGGAAACCCACGUGUUGAACUCACACUUUCAGAACUUCAGGAUAUGGCUGCCAGGCAACAGCAGCAAAUUGAAAAUCAGCAGCAAAUGCUGGUUGCCAAGGAACAACGUUUACGUUAUCUCAAGCAGCAAGAACGCCGUCAACAGCAGUCUGUGUCUGAGAGUGAAAAGCUUCAGAAACUUAAAGAACGAGUGGAAACCCAGGAGACAAAGCUGAAAAAAAUCCGUGCCAUGAGAGGGCAGGUGGAUUACAGCAAGAUUAUGAACGGCAAUUUGUCCACUGAAAUUGAACAUAUCAGUGCCAUCUUCCAGGAAAAGCAACAAGAGUUACAAGCAGCAGUGUUAAAGGUGGAUCAGCUUACUCAACAGCUAGAGGACCUGAGAAAAGGGAAGCUGAAUGGGUUCCAGUCUUACAAUGGACAGAUGACAGGGCCUGCCGCUGUAGAAUUAAAAAAAUUAUACCAAGAGCUACAGAUUCGUAACAGGCUUAAUCAGGAACAGAACACCAAGCUUCAGCAGCAGAAAGAACUUCUGAAUAAGCGUAACAUGGAGGUUGCCAUGAUGGACAAGCGUAUCAAUGAGCUACGUGAGCGCCUAUACAAGAAAAAAGUUGAGGCACGUCAAAAAGAAAACAUCCCUUUAAACCGGAUAAAUGGAACAUCCUCUCCUCAAUCGUCGUUGAACGCUUCGGGCAGAGUUGCAGCCGUGGGGCCAUACAUUCAAGUUCCUAGUUCCAGCAGCUAUGCUGUGCCAGUUGACCCAGUGAAACCACAGUCCCUCACUAUUACUACUAGUGCAACUCAUGGAAGAUCAAAAUCUGUAGAUACAGACUAUGGGUGUGUGAAAAAAUCUCCAGGUCCCUGGAAGAUUUCUGAUUUAGACAUUAUAGUGGAUCCUAUUCUGUCACCUCCCUCUCUUCAGUCUGCUGUUCACAAUAUCAUCCAUUCAGCUUCUACUCUUUCUGAGAUCCUGCACUAUGAUGAUAAUAGAAGGUCAUGGACUGUGUCAGAUCUUGAUGUUGGGCCUGAAGGCAGUUCUUCGUGGCAUUCAGGAAACAAAAAACAGCAGUUUACGAACUCUAAUGAGGGAACCUGGUCAGCAGUUAAGCAGAGUCCUGUUCCUGUGGUGAAGCCGCCACAAAUCUCGAAUGCAGACUGGAAGGAAUCAAGCAUGGACGCUGGUUUAAAACAAGGAACGAUAUCAAGCCAGCCUUUGUCUUCUUCAUUAGGAAGUACUGAUAAGCUGGGUCUUGAUAUAGGGAAAGUACCACCUACCAUCCCUGGAGCAAGUAAGCAGUUGCCCCAGAACUAUGGGACCUACCCAAGCUCCAUUCCAUUGGGAACAGGUUCUACCAAUUCCCUUGAAAGGCGAAAAGAUGGCAGCCUCCCAAGACCUGGCUCUACAGCAGCAAGCCGGCAAAGACCUGUUCCGUUACCACCAGCAAGCAGCAUUCAUCAGCCAAGCUCUUCGCAACAAAUACAGCAGAGAAUAUCUGUGCCUCCAAGCCCCACAUAUCAACCUUCUGGCGCCCCAUUAUUUCCAGGUGGUGAUGGCAGGCCUGAUCUCCCCUUAACUGUGGCCAUCAGGCCUUUCUUAGCUGACAAAGGCUCAAGGCCUCAGUCUCCCAGGAAAGGACCCCAAACCGUGAACUCCAGUUCCAUCUAUUCCAUGUACCUUCAGCAAGUGACGCCACCAAAGAACUAUCAACAGGCUGUAUACAAUACCCUGAACAAGUCAGUUAAAGCAGUUUAUGGGAAGCCUGUUGUACAGUCCGGUUCGACUUCCCCUUCGCCGUUGCCAUUCCUUCACAGCUCUUUGCCUCCCAAUCCAUCACAGCCUCAACCUCCCGAGUAUAGUGAAAAAGAUCAAGAACUGGAAAACAUCCCGCCCUCUGGUGAUAACAGCAACGUAGAAAAUAUCCCUCGCCCCCUCAGCCCCACCAAGCUCACGCCCAUCGUGCAUUCGCCCCUUCGCUACCAAAGUGAUGCCGAUUUGGAAGCCCUUCGCAGGAAACUCGCCAAUGCUCCCAGGCCCUUGAAGAAGCGGAGUUCCAUCACUGAACCAGAAGGCCCCAGUGGGCCAAACAUUCAGAAGCUAUUGUACCAGCGCUUUAAUACCCUGGCCGGAGGAAUAGAAGGUGCCCCUUUUUAUCAGCCAAGCAACUCACAGGACUUCAUAGGCACCUUGGCGGAUGUUGACAAUGGGAACACAAACACCAAUGGCAAUAUUGAGGAGCCCGUAGCUGUGCCCCCAACAGCUCCUCUUCCCGAUGAGCCUUCAUCAGAUGCCAAUGAUAAUGAACUACCUUCUCCUGCAACUGAGGAGUUGAUCAGUGAAGAAAACACAAAUCAAAUGCCCGAGACAACGGGGGACGAUAACAACAACAACCCUGCUGUAGCCCCUUCUAUUGAGCGACCACCUAGUCCAACCCCAGAGGCAGAUUCCCCAGAAGAAGAGGAAAUGCAGCCACCACCUGCUCUUCCUCCUCCUCCACUUCCUGCGACCAAAAGAACCAACCUGAAGAAACCCAAUUCGGAGAGAACUGGCCACAGCUUGAGGGUCAAGUUCAAUCCCUUGGCUUUGCUGCUGGAUGCCUCUUUGGAGGGAGAGUUUGACCUGGUGCAAAGGAUCAUAUAUGAGGUGGAUGACCCCAGCAAACCUAAUGAUGAAGGAAUCACUCCUCUGCACAAUGCAGUGUGUGCUGGCCAUCAUCACAUAGUUAAGUUCCUGUUGGAUUUUGGUGUCAAUGUGAAUGCAGCAGACAGUGAUGGAUGGACUCCUUUGCACUGUGCUGCCUCUUGCAACAGCGUUCAUCUCUGCAAGCUACUUGUUGAAUCUGGAGCAGCAAUUUUUGCUUCAACCAUAAGUGACAUAGAAACUGCAGCAGACAAGUGUGAGGAAAUGGAAGAAGGUUAUAUUCAGUGUUCCCAGUUUCUGUAUGGUGUGCAGGAGAAACUGGGAGUAAUGAACAAAGGCGUCGUGUAUGCGUUGUGGGAUUAUGAAGCUCAGAACAACGAUGAGUUGUCAUUCCAUGAAGGAGAUGCAAUUACCAUUUUGAGGCGCAAAGAUGACAAUGAAACAGAUUGGUGGUGGGCUCGUCUCAAUGACAAGGAAGGCUAUGUGCCUAAAAAUCUCUUGGGGUUAUAUCCAAGAAUAAAACCUAGGCAACGAACUCUUGCCUGAAAACCAUCAUUUGGCAAUACAGUAUCUUGCUGGCAACUGGAAGUAUACACUGGAAACAUUUUCAAUCACAUUUCACCAGAAGUAAAGCUAUACUUGUUUUAAUUGGUGCUCUUGUUAAAUUGAUGGGCAGCAUUUGAGAUUUCCGAUCUGCAGUUUGUAUGUGAGAUCCGUUCCAUGUUCACCCACCCAGUCAUUGGGAGAGGUACUCAACACAGCCUACAGUAUUUUGCCAAUUGAAUUAAAAGAACAAAACUUGUGCUAGAUGUUAAAAACCUUUGCAAAACACAGAUAUGCUGUCUGAUCCAUUCUAGUCCACAGUAACUGUCAAGGUCUUUAUUAAAAUUGUCAACUGAU